AUGAAAACUCCUAACGAGUCGAUGGCCACUGUUGAUAUGAGUAUGAAUGAAAUUCUACCCGGUCUUGAAUCAUUUCUUCGAUCAAUGCUACACAGUAAACAUCUAGACAAAGAUCAUCGUCAGGUAGCUGCAAUGUAUAUUGAUAAAUUAGAUCAUUUAAUUAAAAAUACAAAAUCGUCUCAGCAACUAUCAUCGACCAAUGAAAAUACAAAACAGAAAGAAGGAGAAGAAGAAGAAGAACAACAACAACAACAAGAAAAUAAAGUAUCUGAUGAUUUAAAACAACAACCUGAUUGUUACAAUGAUCAAACAAUAGAUGAAUCAAAACAAUUAAAUUUAAAUACGAUGAAUGAAAACAAUAUCCUCUCACAUCAGAAAGAUCAUUCAUUAGAAGAAAUUAUAUUUGAUGAUGAAAGUGAUGAUUUUACAGAUGAAGAAGAAGAAGAACGACAACAACAGCAAAAAAUCGAACCAAAUGGACAGACUGAACUAAGUGACGAGGAUGAAUUUGAUGAUGAAUUGGAAGAAUCAUCAAGAAUUGUUCCAUGUAGCGAAACAAUUCCAACAGAAAAUGGACAUUCAUUAAAUAAUCAUGGUUAUGAUAGUUGGAAUGGUGUUAGCAAUAAAAGUAACCAUAGUAAUCAUAGUCAGUGGUAUAUUGAUACACCGAAAAAUGAUUAUCUCGAAGCAUUAACGCCUCUAUCUAAUAAUAAAACUGAUUAUUUAUCAAACGGAAAUGACACGGAAAAUGUAGUUCCAAAUAUUCCAAAUACACCUCGUUUAUCAACGUCAACUUCGUCCUCUAUAAUUGCUGAUGGUUUAUUACUUACCUAUGAAAAUCAGACAUGGAUUUGGAGAUACUAUGUACUCGAUGAUUAUGAUUUAAUUUGUUUUACAACAGAUAAAAAGACAAAUGAAACACCAUUAUGGGUCACAGAUAUUACGGGAGCAAAAGUUCAAACAACAAUAAUUGAUAAAACUGAAUGUUUAUGUUUACAAAUUGGACUUUCUGAAGCAAUUUAUGUAAGACCAGUCGAUCAAAGUCAACUGCCUAUUUGGCUCAAGGCAUUUCGUGAUGCAUCCAUAGCUCAAAUAUCGAAAGAUAAUAAUAACGUGAAUCGACCUGAUCAUCAAAAAGAACGUAAUAAUAGUGUCAAAAGUUUAUCGAAAAAUGCCCGACGUAUGUUUCAACAAUUCAAUCGUAAAAAAGGACAAAUUGUAUCACAAUUACUUGAGCAAGUAGCAAAUGUGGCCGGUGUCGAUGAUAAAACAAGAAAACAUUGUGAACUAAGAGGUUUCCUCGUCAUAUCAUGUGAUAAUGUUCAAUUUUUGACGAAAUAUUGUACAAUUGUUGAUGGAUCAUUUCGUGUUCAUAAAUCUCGUUUAUCAGAUCAAUAUGAUUAUGAAUUGUGUUUACAACAGUGUACAUUGACAUUUCCAGAAGAAAAAACGCGCGAUGUUCAAUUUGCGCUUAUAGAUCAUUCGUCAAAACAUCAACAACAAUUAUUUAUUCGUGGAAAUAAUAUUUAUUCUAUGGGUAGACUAUUGAACACACUCGCGAAGUAUGUUGAAAUAGUUGGAAGUUCUCAAUUGAUAUUUUCACAACAAACAACACCGAUUAUAAGCAAACAACGAGUUACUAACGGAACAUCGUGUUCAUCUCAAUCACACAUUUAUUCGGAUGUCGAUUCUUCGUCAAGAGGUGGAGGAGGAGGAACCGAUUCAAUUGUACCAUCAAUUAUGGGAUCUCAAUCAAUUACAAAUAUUAGAGGUCAAAGUAAAGCUACACCAGAAAUAUAUUCUCCAAGUAGUAUCAAAUCAUUACCAGUUGGGAAAUUUAAAAAUAACAAUGAGCAUACGUUCCAGGAUCAAUCAUUAAAUGACGUCGAUCAAGUAUCAUCUUUGAAAAAAAAAACUGUUUAUCGUAAUGCCUCUAAAUUAUAUGGUGUAGCUGACGAUGAUAAGGAUGCUCCAGCAUUCUUGUUACCACUACGAAGACAUUCAAAUGAUGCAUUAUUAAACAGUAAUGGAAAUAAAACAAAUCAUCAUAAACAUCGAAAAAUUGUCAGUAGUAAAAAUAAUGAUAAACCAAAAUCUUACGAUAAUAUUCCUGAACAAAUUAAUCACACAUCGAAAAGAACAUUAUCUGAUCAUAAUAAUAAUCAUUAUAAUCGAAUUAAUGCAAAAAAAAAUGGUGAACAGCAUAGAUUAAACAACAGUAUGACUGAAUUACCAUUAACUACUUCCAAUAUUAAUCAUCGAAAAUCACCAAUAAAACCACCAUUUAAACAAAUUGAACAUCAACGCUCUGAUUCUAUAUCAAACAGCGUUCCAUCAUCACCAGAUAGUUCUGUAUUUUGCCUACGUACAGAAUCAUCUCAUCGUAAUUCACGUCGUAAUCAUAACAAUAAUAAUAGUAAUAAUAAUCAUUCACAGUCACAAAAUCGAUCUGUUUCCUCUGUAACACCCUAUCGUAAUCGUAAACCAGACGAAAUUAAAUCACCUACAUCUUCAUCUUCUGAUUAUGUGACACGUUUAGCUAAUUUAUUUUCUCGGAGUUUUUCAUCACAACCAAAACCGGAUAAUGGUCAACAACAACAACAACAACAACAAGAUAUCUAUAACAAAUUAAAUGAAAAAGAGACCGGUACUCAAACAUACUCAACUUAUCUAGAUAAUCAACAGCAUCAAACACCUCAACAAUCUCCAUCGAAAAAUGUUGCCAAACGAACAAGUUUUCGAUCAAAUAAUCAAAAUCAUAAUCAAACAAGUCUUUAUAAUACUCGUUUGUCAAGAGAUCAUCACUUGACUGCAGCUGAUAUCAGUUUACCAUUGGUACAAGACAAUAAUGAGAAUCACUCAACAGCACAUUUUCCAAUGCCAACCACGAUUUAUGACACAAAACAAAAUGGAUGGUCAGAGACUGGAAAUAAUAAUACAAUGAACAUCAAUCAAAACUAUGCAUUAUCAUCAUCAAAUGUUCUUCCUCGAACAGAAUUAAAGUCGAAACGAGUUUAUGAUAUUCCAAUAACAAUUGAACGGAAAUAUCAGCCUCCGUCAUUAUUAAACGAUGUUUCGUUAAACGAAAAGUCAUCUUCUCAUCGACCUGUAAAACUUAUUUUAACACCAUUUCAACAAUACUCAACGCCUAUAACGUUAACAUCUAGUAGUCGUACUAUUGAACCAAUAUUUCAGAAUAAUCGUACACUAUUACAAGAUGUUGAAGAUGAAAUCAAUCGAAAAAAAAUAGAAGAAGAAGAAGAAAGUCCUUAUGGAAAUCACUAUGAUAAUUGUCGAAACGAUUCGAUUUCACCAACAAAUGAAUCACAUCAUUAUCGUAGUUCAUCACCACUCGGAGUGGCAAAAUUUCGUUUUGUUAUUCCAUUUAAUCAUAGUCCAACAUCACCAUUUGGAACAAUAACAACAAACACAACUGCAUCACAAAAAAUAAUUAAACCAUCUAAAAGACUGUUUGUAUUUUCCCAUCAGAAAGGUGCGGAAGAACUUGGGUUGGUUCCAACACGAAGUAUAUUAAAUUUUUGUAUUAUGAUUCAGUUUAUUUUACUGUUCAGUCGUCAAGGUAAAUUACGUUUGCAAAAAUGGUAUACAGCACAAACGGAUAAAUCAAAGAAAAAAAUUACACGUGAAUUAGUUGCAACAAUAUUAGCUCGAAAGCCGAAAAUGUCAAGUUUUCUUGAAUGGAAAGAAUUAAAAGUUGUUUAUAAACGAUAUGCUAGUUUAUAUUUUUGUUGUGGUAUUGAACAAGAAGAUAAUGAAUUAUUAACACUUGAAACAAUUCAUCGUUACGUUGAGCUAUUAGACAAAUAUUUUGGAAGUGUAUGUGAAUUGGAUAUUAUAUUUAAUUUUGAAAAAGCUUAUUUUAUGUUCGAUGAAUUUAUACUUGGCGGUGAAGUACAAGAAACAAGUAAAAAGGCAGUAUUGAAAGCAAUUAAUGAUCAAGACGUAAUACAAGAAGUAUGUAUUCUACGUUGAUAAUUGCUAUGUAAAGAGAGAGAGAGAGACAGAGAGAGAGAGAGAGAGAGAAAGAGAGAGAGAGAGAGAGAGAUAGAGAGAGAGAGAGAGAGAGAGAGAGAGAGAGAGAUAGAUAAAGAGAAAGAAAGAGAUACAUUAAAAAUGAGAAUGAUUAAUUU